UCUGAAGUGGGCGGGCUGUUUCUCCUCGGACUGUGAUUUCAGUAACGCCAUCCGGUGUUUUCAAAAGUUAGCCCAGCGUUAGCAUGAGUUUGUAGUUUCGGUUCUGGUUCUGGUUCUCGCUGCGAUGCCUGCUGAAAACCUGAGAUGGGAAACUUUAGAGGCUUUAAAGAAAUCCUCAAAGGCGAAGAUCCCCUUCGACCCGUACUGGUCUGAGAGGGGGGAGGACAUCUUGGCGGGCUGCAGAGAGGUCCUCAGCUUGUCCCCGCACUCCGGAGUCGUCUUGGAGCGCCUGGGUCCUUUACCUCUGCAGAACUCCAGAAGCUUUCUGGGCUCCAGCUCCGGAGACUCGAGCCCCGGCCUCUCUGACGUGAUCUCGGCCUCGGCCUCCUCCACAGGAUCCAUCCCGGACAUCAACGGGAGGAGCAACGCGGUUUACGCGGCCCCGCCUCUGAGGACGGAGAGCGAGCAGGCUCUCAGCGACGAGGUGAAGGAUGAAGACGCAGAUAUCAGCGAUGUUUCCAGUCCUGUUUCGCUCCCGUCCAUUUCUCUCCUGUCGCCCAAAGCCAUGGAGACGGCCGGACAGAUUCUAAAGUUUGAGGAGAAGCAGCGAGAAAAGGCGAAGGUGGCGCUCAAACUGCGGCAGGAGAUGCAGGAGAAGCUGGUGGCCGAGGUGGCGAGCUCCGAGUCGGAGCAGCUGAAACGCUUCGAGGAGUUCAUGGAGCUGAAACAGAGACAGGAGUUCCAGAGCAUGAGGGACAUGAUGGACAGAGAAACCAAAGAGAGCAUCGGCCGACAGGAGAAGCUGAAGGAGGAGCAGCGCCACAGGAUGAAGAUUCUCAACCUGCGUCUGCGGGAGGCGGAGCAGCAGCGUCUGAAGGAGGCGGAGCUCGAGCGGCAGCGGCAGGCGGAGGGCAGGGAGCGACUGAGGAACCUGAACACCAUCCAGGAGGAGAUCCUGCAGCUCAACCAGCUGCUGGACCCGUCCAAGCAGUCCAAGGUGGACCUCCCCGCAGCCGCUCUCAGCUCCUUCAGCACUCGAGGGAACCAGCUGUGCUCGCAGGUGUCCGAGGUGGUGAGGAAGACGGCGGAGGGAGAGUUCCCCAGCGUGGAGGACAUGACUGUGGCCGAGCGAGCCCUCCACGAGAUGCGGGCGCUGAUCCGGCUGAUGCAGGAGGAGGUCGCCAAGGCUCAGGAGAAGAAGAAGAAGGAGCAGCAGGAAGAGGAGGAGCUCAGGAAGAAGGCGACAGCAGAGCUGAUCCAGCAGCACGGGUCCAUGAGUCUCUAUCAGAGCCGGUCUGAAGGUCUGAAGGUCUCUCGGAGUACCCCGGUCCUCCUGCGGUGA